AUGUCUGACCAGCAGCCGGAGCUCUUGACGAGGUUUCAAAAGCAGCUUGAGCCGUACAUCAAGCCUCGAGAACAGGUCAACUACAUCCGACGCGUAUUGGCUCUUCACCUGGGCUCCUGUGCCGGCAAUGGCGCCAUCCAGAGUCCUCUGUUUCUUGUCGACAGCUCCAAAGAAGUCACCACGCCUUCAGACUUGACGGGCGUGUUCAGAGAAUAUGUCGACGCUCUCCAGGUGAAUACGGCAGCACGCCGACAGUUUGAGAGCCUCUUAGAAAAGAGUACCCCUGAGGACAGCGAGCCGUCAAAGGCAAAGGCAAGCAGCGCCGACCUCCUGGAGGAACGACUAUGCCUUUUGAAGCUGCGGCAGAAGAGAGAAAGCCUUCUCGCAGUGCGUCAGUCUCUGGAUCUCCUCAUGGAAAAACCCGCUGCCACACGCGAGUUUCUGGAUGCCAGGCACAUUUUCCAGGGCGGCUCCGGCGUGCCAAGUGCCCCUGACGAUGUCAUCAACAGCCUCGCAUCUGACCAGAGUCCUCCUGGCGUGAGCCUCAAUGACCGAAUCCAAGAGCUGGAGAAGACGGUCUUGAGAGCAAAGCUGCUGCUGAAGCAAGAGGAGCAGACGCUGCGUGAGACGAGAGCUCGAUCCAAGAACCAGUUCGACAUGGUCAGCAACGGUGCUCGGCUGGAGGCCUUGACGACUACCCGCAACGAACUCAUCACUUGGAUGGAGAAUGAGCUUAGCAAGGCACCCCCUGGAGGAGGCUCGAGGGCGGGCAAAAGCGGCAGCCAAAACCCGAGAGUCAAUCCGUCAACAAUCGCCGCCCAUCUCGAAGCAAUCAGCAAAAAGUACGCCAGAUAUGUGUCCUUGAGGAAGACUCUUUUGGAGUUGGAAACACAACAGUCUCAGCUGGCUCAACCCUCCCACCCAACACUACUUCCGCCUGCACAGCUUGUCGCCGGAUUGGAUCGCAGCGCCAGCAAGCCUCCGAUCCCUACCGAACAUCUUCUUACCCCCUAUCUGAGAGCCCUGGCCGCUAUUUCCGUCAGUCAAAAGUCUGCCAUCAGCCAAAAAUCCUUCUUCACGUCAGCAUUGUCCAAGCAGACCCAGGAUGCCUGCCAAGUCCUCGGCCGCCUCGGCGAGGAGAGCCAUUUGCUGCCGGCUUAUCCCAUGAAAGACUCUCUGCGCCGGAGGUCUGGCAUACAGACUGAGAUAGCAUCGAAAUCUGAGCAGCCAGACAUCUCCAAGCGCAUCAAGCCAUGGGUGUUCGCCGCUGAUGCGGCCAAGAUUGCACUUCUGGAGUAUGCUGCAGAAACCGUCGACAUUGGGCAGGUAGCUCUCGAGAACUGCUUGGAGAAUCUUCGAGAGAUUGACUUUCUGCUGGGUUACCCUGAUGAAGGAGAGGAUAAUCAGCAAGCAAGACUUGGUUCACGGAAAAACACAUCAAAGAAUAGCGUCUCAGAUGACGGGUACGACGUCUGGUCCAGGCUACAUGGAAAUUUGGGUGUGCUGAAAGAUGCGGCUUGA